AAGAACAACUUUAUAGUGUGCAGUACUGUACAGUUAUGUACACAAAUUCAUCUUCUGCACUUUUACUAACUCUGGAAACACUGAGUUUGUCUAAUGCAUAUGUCUACCCAGCGUUUUUGUUUGGGACUUUGACAUAUCUACUUGUUAUGUUUUGCAACUUGUUGAUAUUAACAACAAUAGCCUUGACUAAAAAGUUACACAAGCCCAUGUUUAUCCUGCUCAUCAACCUGCCCAUUAGUGACAUGGUGGGUGCUUCAGCUUUUUUCCCUCAGCUUCUUUUGAGCAUUGUGACACAGAACAGGCAGAUCUCCCAUCCUGCAUGUAUCAUUCAAGCUUUUCUGAUUCAUGUUUAUGGUACAGGAAACCUGUUGAUCUUGAGUGCCAUGGCAUAUGACAGAUAUAUUGCCAUAAGUUGUCCUUUGAGGUAUAAUACCAUCAUGACUCUGCAGAACUUAGUAAGAAUUAUUAUUUUGAUAUGGUUCAUAAAUUUCUCAAUAAUGGUUACGUUGUUUUUAUUGCUUGCACGGUUCAAAAUUUGCAGGACGAAUAUAGUGGAUUUGUUCUGCAACAAUCCAUCAUUAUUGAAACUGAUCUGUGAGGACACCAGCGUGAACAACUACUACGGAGUGGUUUUUAUGAUAUUAAUCCAAGGAGGACCGCUGGCUUUAAUGAUAUUCACAUAUGCACAGAUCCUACGAACGUGUGUUAUGACUAAUCAGUCCAAUGCCAGGAGAAAAGCUGUUCAGACGUGCAGCUCACAUUUAAUCGUUUACUUAUUUCUACAGAUCAAUACUUUGUUUACGCUCAUUGGCCAUCGAACUGAGAGUGUGUCCCCUUUUCUGAGAAGGACAUUUGGUGCGUCAGUUUUAGUUUUCCCCCCGCUUUUGGACCCUAUUAUAUAUGGACUGAGAAUCAAAGAACUCCGGGAAUGCAUAAAAAUAUUCCUAAAAAGAAAUGCUGGUUCAUCAAAUGUGUAACCAGUUUUCAGUUUUGGUUAAAUAUUUUACAUUCACAUGGGGAAUUAAACAAUUUUUUUUAAACUUAUGUAAUUGUACAGCUUAA